CCGACAGUGUGUUAUAAAUUCUGUGUGUUAUUUUUGAUUUGUUUAACGAUUAAUUUUAUUUAUAUUAGUUAGAAAUUUUGUUGCGAAUAAUGUUAGAAAAGUGAUGAAGUAAGCAACUAAAGUACUACGUGCUGCGUAAGAUUACAUAAAGAUUCCUUGAAUGUAUCCCAACGGGAUACCGUUGCCCGCCAUGUCCUACUCGCCUUCAUUUAAAUCAUGGCUACUUACAGCUGCGUUUAUUGCGCUGUGUUGUAAUUUAAGCAAUAUUGCCGCACAGCAAGACAAUUACUACAAUACCCAACAACAACAACAAAAACAACAACAAGAAGUGUUCAAUCAAAAUAAUCCACAAAAUCCAUACCCGGACACUCAAGGCUACGACGAGGCGAAUCAACGGUUCAAUAAUGAUCCAUAUAACCCCAAUCUGAAUACGAAUCCCAACCAAAAUACAAAUUAUAAUGUGAAUGAUCGUGAUCGCACACGUUAUCGCACCGACAACUUUAAUGAUUUACCACUUGAUGAACGCCCUGGUGGCGGUUAUGGCACUGAUGAAGACUUGAACUUCGGUCGCGGCAAAACUUCGUACAAUGUGAAGGCAACUUUUCUUGAUAUGUAUCAUUCACGCGAACCGACUUAUUUCAUUGUUUCGUCGCGUAUGGUACGCCCUGGUCUUAUUUAUAAGGUGGCGGUGUCGAUUUUGCGUGCUCAAUAUCCGGUUACGGUGCAUGCCAGUAUUUCUUGUGAUGGUGUGCAGAUUAGUGGCGAUUCUAAGGACGUGAAGGUGGGAGUGCCCGAGACGAUGUUGAUGAGAGUACCACCAACGAGCGUGAUUGGGGAGUAUAAACUACGAGUGGAAGGCUUUUAUCAGGACAUCUUUGGCGGUUUAGCAUUCUUGAACGAAACUCGCUUGGAUUUUUCACAACGCUCGAUGAGCAUCUUCAUACAAACCGACAAACCUUUAUACAUGCAAGGCGAAACUGUGCGCUUCCGCACAAUACCGAUUACAACUGAGCUAAAGGGUUUCGAUAAUGCUGUUGACGUUUAUAUGCUGGAUCCAAAUAAGCAUAUUGUGCGGCGUUGGAUAUCACGCCAAUCAAAUCUUGGUUCUGUCUCUUUGGAAUACAAACUUGCUGAUCAACCCACCUUUGGUGAAUGGACCAUACGUGUAAUUGCGCAAGGUCAAGUGGAGGAAGGUCAUUUCAGUGUGGAAGAGUAUUAUCAAACCCGUUUUGAAGUUAACGUUACAAUGCCAGCAUUCUUUUUCACCACCGACCCCUUCAUUCAUGGACGUGUGAUGGCCAAUUUCACUAGUGGGCACCCAGUGCGCGGCAAUCUCACAUUGAAAGCUACAAUUAGACCCAUUGGCUACUUCAGUAAUCAGGUGUUAAAUGAGAAAUUUCGCUUAGGACGUUCACCCACCGAAGAGACUGCACGUCAUUUACAACAUCAACAACAGAUGUACUACAAUCAGUACAGCCCAGUGCCUUUACCAGAAGAUGUUAAUCGUAAUCAGGAUAUGCUGUAUCGCAACCAAUAUGUGGUCGAGCGGCAUUAUGAAUUCGAAGAGGAAUGGCCUUUCUGGGUGCGCAAACCUGACGUGCCGGAGACCUACGAUACCUGGUCGGGUAGUUAUCGUAAAACAUUGCCGUUUUUGCGCUACUUCAAUGGUACAUUCGAUUUUAAAUGGCCUAUACGCGAACUGGAGGUUUUGGUGCCGAAUUUGGCAGGCAUGGAAGUAUUAAUCACCGCUACAGUUGGCGAGAAAUUCUACGAUGAAGUGAUUUCGGGUUAUGCCAUAGCGCGCGUUUACAAUUCCAGCAUUCGUGUAGCAUUUUUAGGCGAGUCGCCGCAGGUCUUCAAACCCUCCAUGCCCUUCACCGCUUAUUUGGCUGUAGAGUACCAUGAUGGUUCACCAAUUCAUAGGAAUCUACUGCAGCAAGGCAUAAUGGAUGUCACCGGAUUUGUAGAAAGCAAGAGUGGUGGUCGACGGGAUUGGCCUGCCACACGCUUGCCAAUGUCUGCUUCCAGUCCGGGAAUUUGGGCCGUGAAAGUGGAUUUGCGCAACGAUCUUCAGCUGGAUGAUCGUGUGCAAUCUCGCGAUUUUCUAAAUGGCGUCGAGCGCAUGCGACUGCAGGCGAGUUUCAUUGAUCCCCGUGGUGAACGCGCUCAAACGGAGCUUCUGAUGGUGGCACACUAUUCACCACGCAAUCAACAUAUCAAAGUUUCCACGAGCACAGAUACACCAGUUGUUGGAGAAUACAUCAUCUUUCACAUACGCACCAAUUUCUAUUUGGAGGACUUCAACUAUUUGAUUAUGUCAAAGGGUGUGAUUUUGGUAAACGAUCGUGAAACAAUAACGGAGGGCAUACGCACCAUUGCUGUGGUGUUGAGCGCGGAAAUGGCGCCUGUGGCUACGAUAGUUGUUUGGAAGAUAACACUUUCUGGUCAAAUUGUUGCCGAUUCGCUCACAUUUCCCGUGAACGGAAUUUCGCGGAAUAACUUCACUGUAUACAUCAACAAUCGUAAAGCACGCACGGGUGAAAAGGUGGAAGUGGCAAUUUUCGGCGAACCUGGUUCAUAUGUGGGUCUCUCCGGCAUCGACAGCGCAUUUUACACCAUGCAAGCAGGCAACGAGUUGACCUAUGCGAAAAUAGUUACAAAAAUGUCCACAUUCGAUGAACAAACAAAUGGCACGUACAAACAUGUUUGGCAUACACAUGAGGGUACACCCGAUGAGCUCGUCUAUUUUCCUGCAUCGUCGUUCGGUAUCGAUGCGAAUCGAACCUUUGAGUAUAGCGGCUUAAUCGUUUUCACGGAUGGCUAUGUGCCACGGCGCUACGACACUUGUAAUCGUACACUCGGUUAUGGUGAGUGUUUAUCCGGACGUUGCUAUCCACUCAAUAAGCAAUGCGACGGGCUGCUAGACUGCGAUGAUGGCACCGACGAAAUUAAUUGCCGAGUACGCAAUGAUACAGAACUAUUAAAUUUCCGUAAGUAUCGUUUCAACCGCAUUUUGCGUCACUACGAAAAUGUUUGGUUGUGGAAAGACGUAAACAUUGGACCGCAUGGACGUUAUAUAUUCAACAUUGAAGUACCAGAUCGUCCUGCCUAUUGGAUGGUGAGUGCUUUCAGCGUUAGUCCUUCGAAAGGUUUUGGUAUGUUGAACAAAGCUAUUGAGUAUGUUGGGGUCCAGCCAUUCUUCAUCAAUGUAGAGAUGCCCACUCACUGUCGGCAAGGCGAACAGGUUGGCAUACGAGUAACUGUUUUCAACUACAUGACUACGCCCAUUGAGGCAAUGGUGGUGUUGCAUGCCAGCAAGGAAUACAAGUUUGUGCAUGUCGAAGAAAAUGGCAUUGUGCGCUCCUACAAUCCUCGUACCUCCUUUGGCGAGCAACAAUUCUUCAUUUAUCUGAGCGCACAAGGCACUACAAUAGUUUAUGUGCCGGUAGUGCCACAGAAAUUGGGCGACAUCGAUGUAACGUUGCAUGUGGCAACACUGUUGGGAACUGAUACUAUCAAACGUCGUCUGCAUGUCGAAUCGGACGGUUUGCCACAAUAUCGCCAUCAAUCCAUUCUUUUGGAUCUAUCAAAUCGCGCUUACGUGCUGGAAUAUAUGCAUGUGAAUAUUACACAAACGCCAGAAAUUCCCUACCAAGUAGAUCGUUACUUUGUCUAUGGCUCGAAUCGAGCGCGCAUCUCUGUUGUGGGCGAUGUAGUUGGACCGAUUUUCCCCACAAUGCCAGUGAACGCAACCUCGCUACUUUACUUACCCAUGGAAUCAGCCGAACAAAAUGCAUUUUCAUUCGCCGCUAACCUUUAUACCAUCAUGUACAUGCGUCUGAUCAAUCAGCGUAAUAAGACAACGGAAAAACAUGCCUUCUACCAUAUGAACAUUGCCUACCAACGCCAAUUAAGCUUCAUGCGCCCGGAUGGCUCAUUCUCCCUCUUCCGUUCGGAUUGGAAUAACUCUGCGUCAUCGGUGUGGUUGACUGCGUACUGCGUGCGUGUGUUCCAGGAAGCUUCCUUCUAUGAAUGGGAAAAUUUCAUUUGGAUUGAUUCGACUAUCAUUGAGAAGAAUAUGCGUUGGCUGCUGCAGCACCAAACGCCUGAGGGCGCUUUCUACGAAGUCACUUGGCUGCCAGAUCGCAAGAUGAAUCGCACGAAUUUCGCGAAUAAUACCAGCCUGCAAAAUCGCAAUAUCACACUCACAUCACAUGUGCUUAUCUCAUUGGCCACGGUUAAAGAUCUUUCCGGUUCAUUGGGCGCGCGCGUCGCACUAGCCCAACAACGUGCAAUAUCGUGGAUCGAGCGUAACAUGCAAUUCUUGGAAGAUACUGAAGAACCAUACGAUGUGGCCAUCACUGCAUAUGCACUGUUACUCUGUAAAUCACCAAUGGCUGAACAUGUAUUCUCCAUAUUACGCCGGCAUGCACGCGUUCUGGGCGAUUUUAUGUAUUGGGGCAGUAAAGAGGUGCCGCAGCCACCAAAGAAAUUGGAAAAUCAAAAAUGGUUCUCUCUACCGCGACUACCAUACGAAUUCGAUGCUUUGAAUAUCGAAACGACUGCUUACGCCCUGUUGGUUUACGUCUCCCGACGUGAGUUCAUAGUGGAUCCAAUAGUGCGCUGGUUGAAUGCGCAACGUCUCAACGACGGCGGCUGGGCGUCCACACAAGAUACUAGUGCAGCUUUGCGUGCGCUCGUCGAAUACACGGUACAUUCGCGUAUACGUGAGGUAUCAUCGUUGACGGUUGAAGUGGAGGCGUCAUCGCAAGGUGGUAAAAUACAAGCGCUACACAUCGAUGAUACGAAUUUAGCGCAGCUGCAGAGCAUUGAGAUACCCGAAUCCUGGGGCACAGUUAAGGUGCAGGCUAAAGGUGCUGGUUAUGCGAUAUUGCAAAUGCAUGUGCAGUACAACGUGGACAUAGAGAAAUUCCAAACGAAGCCGCCAGUGCCAGCAUUCGGUCUGCAUACAAGAGCUCUUUUCCACGGCAGAAAUCAGUCGCACAUCUCGUACAUCGCCUGUCAAAAUUGGAUUAAUACACGCGAAUCGGAACGUUCGGGCAUGGCGGUACUUGAUGUCGCCAUACCCACUGGCUAUUGGAUACAACAACAACGUCUGGAUCACUACGUACUAAGCAAUCGUGUGCGAAAUUUACGCCGCGCUAAGUAUACAAGUCAAAAAGUUAUAUUCUACUUCGAUUAUCUCGAUCAAGAAGAUAUUUGCGUUAAUUUCACUAUCGAACGUUGGUUCCCAGUGGCGAAUAUGUCACGUUAUUUGCCCAUACGCGUCUAUGACUAUUAUGCACCAGAGCGUUUCAACGAGUCUAUUUUCGAUGCGUUACCAACAUACCUUCUAAACAUCUGUGAAGUGUGUGGCAGUUCGCAGUGUCCAUAUUGUUCGAUUUACAAUAUGGGCUGGCGGGCCACUAUGUCCGUGUCACUCCUGUUCUUCAGCGUUUUUAUAUACGUAAUGCGCAGCCGAAUGCAUAUCGUUUUGAAUUGUCUGUAUAUGCUCACAUAAGGCAUGCCCAUAUUUCCUUUAUUUGAGUUUAUGUUUAAAAACUAAGUUUGAAAGUGAGUUCUUUAAUUUUUUUUUUUUUUGUAAAAAAUAAACUUUUUGUUUUCUUAAAUCACACAUCAAUUAAUAUGUAAGCUAGAAAAGACAAGUGACUUUAACAUAAUGAAAUAGCAUGCUCAGCUGGUCUUUUAGUACUCUUGAAUCUAAUUUAUACAUGAAAUACGAAGAACUUUACGAAGCAUAUACAUAUCGAUUUGAAAUGCAGCCUAAUUGCCAGCGCAACGCUUAGCAACCGCAUUCCGUCCAAUACUGUGGUCAUUAGAUGACCACCGAAUCUUGCGCCGCUUUUAUUUUGCUACCAUUUAAACAUGUUCCAGUACCCAUUUGUUUGUGUUAGUAUAGUGCAUUUUUUAACUACUUACUACUAAUUUUAGUUGAAAAGGUCUUGAAUAUUAUUAAAAUAAUUGAAAGCAACAAUAAUCAUUAAUUUUAUGUUAAGUAAACACUGAAAAUCUCAUUUGUACAAAGCUAAAAACAGCUGAUAUUUAAGUACGUGCAUAUAUAUUUACAAAUUCGUGUAGAUUGGUUUUGCAAUAUCAGGUAGCUCCGUUCUCAAAGAGUUCUGAAACUCGAAAAAGCAGUAAUUUUGAAAUAUUUUUACGCACUGCGUGUGUAAAUAAAUAUGAAUAAUAAGAUAAUACAAAUGUGUCUUAAAACGGCAAUUAACUGCCUUUCAUCUUAGAUAAGUAGAACAUAUCAUUGCAAUCACAAAUGCAUUUUUGGUUUAUUAAAGCCAUAGAAUGCGACAAAACGAAUAUUCAAAUUUUUUUUAAUCCGUUUUCUAUUGAAGUUUGUAUUGUUGGUAAAACUCUGUAUUAGCAAUUAGUUACGUAUACAUACACAUAUACACUUUUAUAAACUUACUUUAUGAAACAGACGAUUUGUUGGCGAUGUAAAAAUAUAAGUGUAAUUAAUAAUUACAUACACUCAUACAUACAAAGAAAUGUUAAGCAAAGAAAUUGCAAACGAAAAGCUUUUAUAAAACACCUUUUUAUAAGCGAAAUUUUAUCCGUCCUCUUUGUGAAAAAUCGAAUAAAUAAAUAAAUAUAA